AUGGAGGAUAAAUCUAGCGCCAGUGGGGUGAUUCCCCCGAUAGCCCAGCCGGCUGUCGAAACAAUUAAUGCGCCGCGUCUCAAUCCUCCCAGCAUGGCCGACACGAAUAUCGAGACCUAUUUUAUGUCGCUCGAAUUCUGGUUCGCCGCGUCAGGCAUCGGUGCCCAACACGAUUCCCGUCGGUACAAUAUCGUGAUGGCACAGGUUCCUCCAAACAAGCUGACCGAGCUGCGGUCGAUUGUCGAUGCCACUCCAGCGAACGAUAAGUACGCCUACAUCAAGACGAAGCUGAUCGCGUACUUUGCCGACAGCCAGCAGCGGCGCCUUCAACGUGUGCUGUCCGAUAUGCCUCUGGGGGACCUCAAGCCAAGCCAGCUCUUCAACGAGAUGAAGCGCGUAGCUGGAAGCUCCCUCGGAGAAGCGGUGCUACUCGACCUUUGGGCAACCAGAUUGCCUCCACAUGCCCAAGCAGCGGUGAUUGCAUCGAGAGGCGACGCGGCGGACAAAAUCACCAUCGCCGACGCCAUUGUAGAUUCGAUGGUUCUGCGAAAGAUCAACGCCCUGGACAGCAACGUGCAAAAUUCAGCGAUGGCGGCAACGAAACCCGCAGAAGUUGCAGCCAUUGAUCCAAUCCAGGAUCUGAAGCGGGAAAUCGCCGAGCUCUCGCGGCGGCUCGAAAAGAUGCUGCCUAUCCAGAAAAGUGUUCGUGGUCGUUCCCGUUCCCGUUCUCGUGGAGGUGAAAAGCGAAGUGCCAAUCGCGAGAGGGAUUCAUCGUCCGGCCCAUGCUGGUACCAUCGAACAUUCGGGAACGAUGCCCGAAGAUGCCGAAAGCCCUGCUCUACAAGCCAGCAGGCCUCAUCGAACCAGCAAUGA